CAAACAAGGUGUUCCUACUGGCAGUUCUGUGGGAUGAAUGAACUCUGAUUCGGCAUGACGACCGGUUAGCUUCCUCCGGCGUCCCCUUCCACGUGACUUCCACAAAUCUUCACCUACUCCCCAAUCUCUCACCCUCACUCUCUCUGCGUGCGAUCCCCUGCUCCCGCACCGCCCAUUGCUUUUGCUUCCCAGCCCGCCACCCCCCGCCAGGCACGAGAAGCAGUUCUUGUCAAAGGGAGAAGGAGAGGUUCAGGUGGCUGGGAAAUCAAUUUCUUUCGGACGUCGGUCGAGUGGAUUCUGUACGUACUUCAGGUGGCAGCACAUACUAAGAAACUUUCCUGGCUCCGCCACUGCAUCCAGCUGCUUAUCCUUGCAAUGACGUUCAGAGUUAUUGUAAGCGUCAUACACCAGGAAGGCAAAAUCCUCAACCCCAUCGUUAUUCAAUUCGUCGUCGCACUCACUACCACGAUCAUGGUGAUCCGAUUUGUGCUGGAUGCGUUGCGGCAUCGGACAACAGGCAAUGCCAUGAGAAUGACCCUGAUCGUUAUGGACGCAGUAACCCAAGCAAUGAUCUUGUACAGCCUUGGGAUCAUGCAACGCCCCUCCAAUAAGGACUACUACUACAAGGUGUGGGCUGUGCUAUUGGUCACCCUCCGUUACAGCGUGAAGAUAGGCCGCCCGUCCGGCAUCGCCCUGAAGCAAACCCCAUUGGUAGACCUGAUGUCCUCCUUCUGGGCUGCCAACAUCCUUCGCUCUAAGGCGCCAAAGAUUCUCAAGGUAACUGGUUGGCUGCUUUGGUCAGUCAACUCUUUACGCAUCAUCCAUGGUUUUGUCUCCUCGGAGUUCGCCAACGAUAGCCACAGAGAGAAUUUGAGGUUAUUGACGGAGUACAUGCGUCAUGAGCACAAAGCCAGUGCUGGGGGUGAUGGUGAGAGUCUUGACCCUAGCACAAUGAAGGGAUACCGAUACUUGGUGCGUGGGGAAGCCAAGAAACGGAAGAUGAAGAAUCAAGAAACUGGCGGAGAAACUGGGAAUAUCAGGAGCCUCUUGCUGGCGUUGAGAGAUGGGGACAAGGAUAUCCUAACGCUUGAGAAGAUCUGGGAGGAGGACGACCUUGAGGAGGUGCUCAAGGAUCUCUGCCUCUCCUUUGCACUCUACAAGCUCCUUCGCAGGCGCUUCUUCAACUUCGGCAUCCAUGAGGCCAAGCUGAAAAGGACGAGACAGCUGGUACUCGAGGGGAUCCUUGGUCAGUCCUGCAACUCGGAGAGGGCAUUCCGUGUCAGCGAGGCUGAGGUGUCUUUCCUCAAUGACUUCUUCAACAGCAGGCAUGCCAUAGUAUUUGCAAAAGGUUUUCCAUUCAUCCGGCUCCUGCUAUCCACCAUUCUGAUAGGGGGGAUUGGAGGCAUGGCGGUUGCUAUCUAUAGCUUUUCCAAGGUUGGUACAAGAGACGAGCUCGGCAAUGUUCAUGGUGGAGUAACUUUUACAUGGUUUCUCCUGUGUUUCCUUUUUGUAAAAGAGACAUGGGAGAUCACAACUUACGUGUUCUCAGACUGGACCAAGAUAAUUUUGUUGUGCCAAUACGUGCAGAAGCCAUGGUGGCUGCGAAGCUCGGUGACAAAGGCUCUUGUGCGGAAGCUCUGUAUGCUGUCUGUGUUGCCAAGAUGGCACGGAAAGGUCGGCCAGAGCAACCUUCUCUUCCCCUCCCGUUUUGUCUUCCCCACCAUGCUUGUCUUUCCACAAAGAAGGUCCAGGUACUUUGUACAUCUGUCCCCGGAAGUGAAGUGUACUGUGAUCAACUGUCUCAGAGACUGCUUGGGUGAAUCCACACGAUUAGACCACUACCUUAAGCGGGCAUUCAAAAAAGUCAAGGCAUCUGGUGGUUUUCACGCAGUCAUGGAAGCAGUAGAUGGCGUGAAGGAUUCUGUGCACAUUCUGCUGGUUUGGCAUAUUGCUACAUGCUACUGCGAGAUUGAUCUCGCUGAAAACAGAGAGGUCUCAGCCAGUAUGUAUUGGAGUGGGCAAGACUUUGGCCGGCGCAAACCUUCGGAAGGUGAUUCAGAUCUUCUGUGGUCUCAGUACAUGAUUGCUAGGACAUUGUCGCAGUACUGCGCGUAUGUGCUCACACUGGUUCCUCCUCUAGUGCCUGGGAACAGCCUAAUGGCCAGGUCGGUGCUGAUAAAGGUGCGUGAAGAAAAAAGUCGCCUUUUCAACGGAAAAUUUGACUCAUGCGCUCCUUGUUAUCAGUCCACCCAAAUGCUUGGACGGCUCAAGAAAUAUGCAUCAGAGGAGAUAGAAUUGUAUAAGAAAAAAGUGGACGGGGGGAAACAGGACGAGGAAAACCAGGAUGGGAAAAAAGAGGAAAAUCUAGACGACACCAUAUUGAAGAAGGGGGCAGAUCUUGGCAAGAAGCUGGCAGAAGCGUUCGGCGGUGACAAGCCGGAAGAUCUGUGGAGGUUCUUGUCAGAGUUCUGGGCAGGAUUUGUUAUCCACCUGGCUGCAUCUACAAGGGCUUCUCAGCACAAGAUAUUUCUGAGCUCUGGCGGGGAGCUCAUGACACAUCUCUGGGCGUUGCUAACCCAUGCCGGCAUCCUAGGGGAGGUCCAGCACGGCGACCAAGACAUUGAUACAGCGCUAACCCAAGGAGACGUUUACGAUCAGAAUAUGCAGUCCUAGGUGGGAAAAUCUGCACUGCCGCUUCAUGUGAAAAUGUACGUAGAUAAGUUGGGUUCGAAAUAUGCUUCAGCUGGUGUCUAAGAAGCUAUCCGAGGCGACAUGCUGGGCGCCUGGGUCAGAAGGAUUUGCAAUGGGUGACGAUCUUCGACUUGCUUGAGGGAUCAAAGCUGGAGGUUGCUUGUGUGUUUUGUAAGUUCAUCAAUUCGUAGUUAUUUGUUGCUAUUUCCUGCUGUUUGCUGUACGCCUAGUUUUGUUGACUACUCCUUAGAUGUAGUUUGCUGUCUUGGGUUAAAAAAGCAUCUGACGGUGUGGCCUGUGCACUGGAGAUGCAGGUUCGUGAAGAGUCCCAAACUCCUUUUUCUUGAAUGGAAAUGGGGGUUGUAUGUUACCUUUUUUCUUUCAAAAAGG